CUGCCCGAAUGUGUCGGGAUAUCAAAACAAUUUCCACAUCAUACCCUUGAUCUACGAAUCUCAAAUGUCCUGCGAUGGUAUCAUACAUAUCAUAUAUCAUACAAUGACCCAACCCGUUACGGCCUGAGAGAAGUAUGAUAGCAGCAGCCUCAAAGGCAAUUAAUAAUGUUGUGAUACAGGUGCCAUCGGAUGUGAUGCCAAGCCGCUCUACAAAACUUUGAGGCUGAAAAAAUGAAACCCGCAACCCUAUCACAGACGAAAACAGUCCCUCAUCAUCCCCCGCAUGGACCCCCAGAAUUAAGGAUUCCACCGACGAAUAUCCGACAUCACCAAUUUUCUCCAAGUUUCAAAGCACGAAACUAGGCAACAUGGAUAUCAGGGCUCUCCAACCAUCGGAUAUUCCCCAUGUACAAUUAGCGAACAUCACGAAUCUUCCGGAAAACUACUUUUGCAAGUACUACCUCUACCACGCCUUGUCCUGGCCACAACUCUCCUACGUUGCUGUCGAUCUCUCCCGCUCCUCCGGCGAGCCCGGCGAGCCUCCAAAGAUUGUCGGAUAUGUUCUCGCGAAGAUGGAGGAGGAACCCGCGGACGGAGUUCAACACGGCCACAUUACUUCCCUUAGUGUGAUGAGGACACAUCGCCGACUAGGUCUUGCGGAAAAAUUGAUGCGCCAGAGCCGUAUGCGCAAUACCACACCAUAUGCCCGUUACCCAGUCAGCUGAUUUUGCUCUAUGGUGAACAGAAAAGGCCAUGGUUGAAGCAUUCGGUGCAAAAUACGUUUCCCUCCACGUUCGUGUCUCAAACAAGGCUGCUCUACACCUCUACCGCGACACAUUACAAUUCAAAGUCAACAAGGUGGAGGGCAGAUAUUACGCCGAUGGGGAAAACGCAUAUUCCAUGAGGAAGGAUUUGACCUUUUUGGAAGAAGCCGAGAGCGAGAGUGAGCACGAUGUCGGGGAGAAGGCUGAGGAUGUGGACAUUGACGGAGACGUCCCUAAAGGCGAGAAAAAGAAAAGGAAGAGUGGGAUGAAGAAGUUCAAGCUAGGGAGGGCUCUCGGAGUUGCGGAUUUACAGGAGGUUGACGGGAGGGCUGCAUAAUUGCUCGGGUAGUCAUGGCUCAAAAUUUCUCUUUCUCUUUUGCAAUUGGCGAUGGUAAUGGUGUUUUUCGGUAUUAAAAGGGACUGUUUCCUUUUCUCUCGAAGGUCGAGUACAUCUAAAUAAAGUGAACUGCUGCCAUGGCCAUAGGAAACGGAAUUUUAAACAAGGUGAUGGAUUCUCUCUCAGGCGAAGCAGGCAGACGAUAUUAGUUAAGUGAGCUCUACGAUGUGAUAGCUGUUGCCAGCUCCUCCAUGGAAAUACCGGUCUUGGGGGGGGUUGGUGCUGCACACUGCUCUCUUUCCGGAAAAUGGGUUCAGCUCCAUGAAAGUUAAGGUCCCUAUCCUCCAACCUCCGUUUCGAGUGCCCAAUUCCCGUUAGC